AUGGGUACUGAACAAGCGGGCGAUGCUCCAUAUGCAUUUGCCAAAAGCGAUGGACUUGAUCCACUGCUCAUCGGAUCAGUUUCGUUAUUGUUGCUUGCAUUGAGUUUUAUAAUUUGGCGAUUGCUCAAAUUGCAAUGGGAUGAGCAAGAUGCGAAGAAACGAGUGAAUAUGCUGAUUGCGAUGAAUGAGGAAAACGACAGACAAGAGAGAAGAGGAGCUAAUGUCGCUGGCGGAAUGCGACGAACAGCUCGACGUCGUGUGAAUCGUGAUGAAGAUGACGACGGAUUCGUGAAUCAUAUGAUGGCUGCUGAAGACUUUGAUGUCGACGCUUCUGGAAAGAAAAUCGGCAAAAGGAAAGCGGCGAAAUUGGCGGCAAAAGAGGAGAAGAAGCAAAUGAGAGAAUAUGAACUUGCUGAACGCGAGGAAAAGAAGAAGCGAGAAGCGGAACGGGAGAAACGGUUGGACGAAGAACGAGAACGCGAGCGAAAAGCUGAAGAAGAAGAGGAAGAGAGAAAACGAAAAAAAAAGGAAGAGCGCGAAAAACGAGAGCAUGAGGAAUACCUGGCGAUGAAAGCUUCGUUUGCUGUUGAAGAAGAAGGAACCGAUGCGAUCGAAGGAGAAGAAGCCGAGAAUUUGAUUCGCGAUUUUGUGGAAUAUGUCAAGACGAAUAAGGUUGUCAGCAUCGAUGAGCUCUCGGCACACUUCGGAUUGAAAUCAGAAGAAUCUGUGAUGCGACUGAAGCAUUUCAUCGAUGAGGGUCUCCUUCAGGGAGUCAUGGAUGACCGAGGAAAGUUCAUCUACAUAUCCGACGACGAAUACGCGGCCGUCGCCAAAUUCAUCAACCAACGCGGACGGGUCUCAAUCAAUGAAAUCGCCGAGCAAAGUAAUCGUCUAAUUCGCCUCGACGUUUCUGCCGAAUAA